AUGGACAUUUUAAUGAUGAUUCUACCAGUCUAUGAACACGAGAAUAAAAGACCAUGCCUUGAAUUUACAAAGCUAUCAAUGAAGGAUUCCUUCAGUGAUUUGUUUAAUCCCCAAGUGAAGAUGUUUUUGUUAAUGUAUCCAAAGAACAACCUAAACUGUCCUGAGCCACUGUUGGAGCAGGAUGAUUCACUUAAUGUUAAGUUCAACACAAGUAAGAAAACAGUCUGGCUUAUUCAUGGAUACAGACCACUGAGCUCCAUUCCAUCAUGGCUUCCGAACUUUAUAAGGAUUUUGAAUCAUCAUGAUGUGAAUAUAGUUGUAGUGAACUGGAUCCGGGGUGCUACAACGUUAAUCUACAGUAGAGCCGUUAAAAACACCAGAAAAGUUGCUGUGAUUUUGAGUGAGUACAUUCAGAAGCUGUUGAAGCAUGGAGCAUCUCUUGAUAAUUUUCAUUUCAUAGGUAUGAGUUUAGGGGCUCAUAUUAGUGGAUUUGUUGGAAAGAUAUUUCAAGGUCAACUUGGAAGAAUAACAGGACUUGACCCUGCUGGGCCACAAUUCUAUGGAAAACCAUCAAAUGACAGAUUACAUUACACUGAUGCAAAGUUUGUGGAUGUCAUCCAUUCUGAUACUGAUGGUUUAGGCAUUUUAGAACCCGUGGGACAUAUAGAUUUUUACCCAAAUGGAGGAGAAAAGCAGCCUGGCUGUCCUACAACAAUAUUUGGAGAUUACAAGGCUGGUUCAUGUAUGGAUUGUGACAACUUUAAAAAGAAAUCAUGUCCUAGGUUAGGUCAUCAAGCUGAGCUAUGGAAAGAUGUUUUAGAAGAAAGAAUGAAAAGAUCUCUUAGGACAACUGUGUUUUUGGAUACUACUGGCAUAAAUCCAUUCUGUACCUAUUAUUUUGUUCUCAGUGUAAUUGUAGAUAACACAACGAUGGAUGGCUAUAUUACAUUUAAAUUAUUAAACCGGCUUGGAAGGGUUGAAGUACCAUGGCUCUAUAAGAAGAAUAAAUCAUUUUAUAAACUUCAAGAAGCCAAGAUUCUUGCUCAGUUUUUAAAUGAUGUUGUAAAUAUUUCAAGAAUUGGUUUGGUAUAUUAUCAGGACUCUAAUCAUCAAUGUUGCACAUGCCAAUAUAGCAUCCAGCGUCUCAUGUUAAAAUCACUUACAUAUCCAGAAAGACCACCACUCUGCAUGUACGAUAUUGUACUUAAAGAAAAUGAGGAGGUAUUUCUCAAUCCAUGCACCUGUAUAGCAGAGGAAAUAUAG